GCCCGCCGCAGCACAUCGUUUCGCGCCCUCCGCGGCCUCUCGCCGCUGUCAAACUCCUUUUCCAACGGCCACACGUACAAGAAUGCGCCCACCAAGUACUUUUACGAAUCUACCUUUAAUUCACACUACGAUGGCCGAUUUGCCUCGGGCGAGGUCCCGGUUCUGGAGCGGGCAUGGAGCUUCAAGCUCAUGCUGAAGACAUAUACCGAGACGAUGGAGCAGAUUGGCAUCGAGACAUGGCUCAUGCAUGGAUGUCUGUUGGGUUGGUGGUGGAAUGGAGGCUUGAUGCCCUGGGACAAGGACCUGGACUUUAUCAUGGAGGAGGAAGGGAUGAAUGAGCUAGCCGAGUGGUGGAACAUGACGAUUCACCAUUUCGAUGCCAAAGACCUUGGUCUCGAAGACCAAUUGUCAGUCGAGAGCGACAAAUGGGCCACGGAACGCAGUACCGACGAAGAGAUGGACGAAGACGACGAGACGCGAGCGAGAAGAUUGGAGUGGGAACAACAGGUCCGGGAGAAUGGCAAGAAAUACCUCUUGGAGGUCAACCCGAAUUACACAAACACGUCGACAAAAGACAAGUACAACCUCAUUGACGCGCGCUGGAUCGACGUCUCCAACGGCCUGUACAUUGACAUUACCACCCUGCACGUUGCACCCGCCAAGUCUGAGACACCUCAGACGCCCGACGCCGAUUCGCCUGACUGGCCCGACUCGUUCGACUUGUACCCCUACUCCUCCACGCGCGAGUCCCUCCACGAGCCCGACGACGCCGACGACGAAAUCCAAAUGUACAUCAAAGACAGCCACUCAUACCUGUCCUCGCAAAUCUUCCCCCUGCGCACCUCGACGCUCGAAGACGUGCGCGUCAAAAUCCCCUAUGCCUACGAAGAGCUGCUCAUUGAAGAAUACGGUGCAGAUUCCCUGACCAAGUCCUGGUUCAAUGGCUACCUGUUUGACACGCCUUCGCGCAAGUGGCAAAAGUCGCGUCCGACGGACCAGCAGCGCGCGUAUUUCAUGGCUAAACAUGGAAAGGGGCGGGGCAGAAUUAGUGGAACGGGUAGAAUUGGGCAUGGAUGGGAUGGCCGC